AUGGCCGACGUUACUCCAAAAAGUUUUGUCGACAGUCUUAUUAAGACAAACAAAGUUGUUGUUUUCUCCAAGUCUUAUUGCCCAUAUUGUGCAAAAGCAAAGGAAGCAUUAACUACUUUUAGUCUUGUACCUGGCACGAUGGAGGUUGUUGAAAUUGAAGAUAGAGGAGAUUGUGAUAAAAUUCAGGAUUAUCUUAAAGAAAUUACUGGACAGCGCUCGGUUCCACGCGUCUUCAUUGGCGGGAAAUUUUUUGGCGGCGGAGAUGACACGGCUGCUGCGGCUAAAUCGGGAAAGUUAGAAGCUGAAUUGCGAGCUGUUAAUGCUAUUGCUUGA